AACAUAGAACACGAAACUGAUGACGUUUUGUACAACGAUAUUCCAAAAUGUCAUCUACACAUGAAUUAAAAGACGUUAUUAAAGACACCUUGGAGAAUCGCGGAGUGUUGGGCCAGAUAAAGGCAAGGAUAAGAGCAGAGGUGUUCAAGUCAUUGGAUGAUCAGAAUGAUUCAAAACCUCCACUCAGUAAUGAGAACAUGAUUAUAAAUGAACUUAUUCGAGAGUAUCUUGAGUUCAACAAGUACAAAUACACAGCCUCUGUGAUGGUUGCAGAAACUGGACAACCAAAACAGCCACUGGACCGAGGUUUUCUGGCAGAGGAAUUAAAUGUAGAGGAGGAUAAAAAUUGUAGUCAAGUGCCCCUUUUAUACAGUCUUGUUGGACAAUAUAUGAACAAAAAUAGAGGGAAAAGCACGAGAUCAGCCAUGCAGAAUAGGGGUCAAAGUUCAAGGUUUCUAGACGAGUUAGAAAACGACAUGGCUUCAGGAAUGGCAAAUCAUAUAACAGAACCUCUAGUUGUAAAAGGGGGUCGAAAAUGACAGUAACUUUACAUAAGACUGACAGAUUUCAUAUAGAAUGCACUGUUACAUGAAUGCAGAUUUAUUCAUGAACUUGAUGAAGUUUGUGAAGGAAUAUGUGAGACAGUCUCCUGGAGGUGCCAAGAUGAACAUAUUAAAUUAAGCUCUGUUAGAUUUAUAUACUGGUGCAGAUGUAGAUUCAUCAUCAUUUUAGUGAAUUGAUAGGUCAGAUUUGAUAUUGUUUAAGACUUUUGAAGUUUACUUGUGAACAACUGGUUGAUAUUAUAAAUGUAACAGUGACUGUUCUGUAAUUAGAACUACCUGUAGAGCUACACCUUUUCAAAGUUUUGUUGUUACAGUCGGUAUUGUCAAUACAUAUAGAUGUUAGGUAGCUAUUUGAAUUUACAGGAGUUGUUAUUGAUCCUGUUUGUUCUAUGUUGCCCUGUAAAUUCAUGAAUCUCUUGGCUGAUGAAUAUCAUUUCAAACAAUAUAAUUGAGUUAGUAUGUAGUAUGUACUCCUUAGUCUAAGCUAAAUGUGUUUUUGUAAAUAUAUGUUUGUUAUAAUUUUAUCUGAAAUGUUUUUACAUUGCCCAAUGCUGAUCUGUGAUAGAUAUACAUAUUACAUAUCAUAACUACUUCAUAUGAAUAAUUCAGUGGUCUGGUGGGUAAUUGGCAGAUUGCUCCUUAAACUUUGUGGGUAUUGCUCUAAGCUUUACUUCAGUAUUCUGGUUUUUCUAAAGAGGCUCUGAUUAGUUUGAAGGUAAAAUACAUCAACUAGUACAUUGAAAAAAAUCCCCAAUGAUUAUGAUAAUAUUGCUAAAACAUAUAUGAGCCACGCUAUGAGAAAACCAACAUAGUGUAUUUGUGACCAACAUGGAUCCAGACCAGCCUGUUUUAAUUAUGCAUUAUGGGGCCAAAGUAUGGAAGCUUUUUUUGCCACGGAUCGCACACAUAAAGAUUCGUUUACAGUACCAUUGAAAAUGAUAAUAACAAUAUUUAUGCAAGAAUAGUUCAUGUAGGUUAAUAUAAGAGUAUAUUUCUUGAUAUUUAUUGUGUAAAAUAUAUAUGAAAGAAGAAAAAAAUAAAAUAAAGAAUAAUA